AUGACCACAAACGACAACACCAACUCUACGCAACAACCCUCCAAAGCUCGCGGCGUCCCUUCUAUGACCCCUCAGUACUCACCCAACUUGGCUUAUUCUCAUCAAGUUCCUGGUGCCUCUGACCAGGCAGGUUCACCCCCUUCAUAUGAGGAGGCUCAACGCAGUUCUAGGCAACAGUCCUCCAAGACUCGCAGCGUUCCUUCUGUAAAUCCUCAGCACUCACCUAGCUCGGCUUAUUCUCGUCAAAUUUCUGGUGGUUCCGAACAGCCAAAUUCACCUCCUUCUUAUGAAGAGGCUCAACGUGUUUGGCACAAUGAGAACCACCUGUCAUCGGAUAUGAACUCUACACUUUCAGGAGCUGCAGAUGUCUCUGAUGCAGAAGCGAACCGACCUCUUAUUACUAAUGGGUUUGAAGGCUAUACUUUCACGGAGCCUAAUGGAUCUGAUAAUACUGUCGACACCUCCACAGCUGAAGCGAACCGUCCUCUUAUUACUGAUGAGUUCAAAGGCUAUAAUCUCACGGAGCCUACCGGAUCUGAUAAUACGAGGUCUUAG